AUGGAGGCGCUUGCAAAGGCGAGAGAGCUAGACGACGUCAAGUUCCCCACGGUUAUCACAUGUCCCCAUGAGUUCGUGGCUAUGUCAAUGGCUGAUGGAUUCGCCCGUGUCACUGGCACGCCUCAAUGUGUGCUUGUACAUGUUGAUGUCGGCACCCAGAUGCUGGGAUGUGCCAUGCAUAACGCCUCCUGCUCUCGUACUCCAGUCUUCGUUUUUGCUGGACUCUCCCCAUUCACCCUCGAGGGUGAGAUGAGGGGUUCACGCACUGAGCAUAUCCAUUGGCUACAAGAUGCGCACGCCCAGAGAGCUAUUGUUGCUCAGUAUUGCCGCUAUGCUGGAGAGUUCAAGACGGGCAAGAACAUCAAGCAGCUGACCAGCCGGGCUCUCCAGUUUGCCACAAGUGAUGUUCCUGGCCCUGUCUACAUGGUCGGUGCGCGAGAAGUCAUGGAAGAAGACAUCCCUGCCUACUCUCUGAAGCAGGAGGAAUGGCAGCCUGUUGUACCUGCUGCUAUUCCACAGACAGAGCUAGAGAUCAUCAUCAAGACCCUGGCUGAGGCAGAAUCGCCACUGAUUCUGGUCGGGUACUCUGGUCGCAAUCCUUCCACAGUACCAGAGCUUGUCACGCUCGUUGAAAGCAUUCCUGGAGUCCGAGUUCUCGAUGCCAUGGGCAGUUCGCUGUCUUUCCCCUUUGGCCAUCGCGCAUCAGUCGGUGUCCGCAUUGGAGGGCAUCCGGCUAUCGAGACGGCCGACGUUAUCCUAAUUCUCGACUGCGACGUGACUUGGAUCCCUACCAAAUGCAAGCCGCGAGAGGAUGCCAAAAUCCUCCACAUUGACCUGGAUCCGCUCAAGUCCAAUAUGCCCCUGUACUACAUUCCUGCUACUCGACGUUAUCGUGCUGACGUUGGUGUUGCCCUCAAGCAACUCAACGAAUAUGUGCGCACGAGUGAUAAGUACUCCAAAUUAACCAGUCAGGAGCCAUACAUCUCGCGCUGGAGUAAGUUGGCUGAAGAGCAUAAAGAACUCCUCGACCAGGCCGCAAAAGCUGCUGCUCGUCCCGAAGACACGACCUCAUCUCCAAGCACAUCUUAUCUCUGCGCGCAGCUACGACGACUGUGCCCCAAGGAUACCAUCUGGUGUCACGAGACUAUCACUAACGCGCCUUUCAUCCAUGAGCAGCUGCAGAUCGAUGAGCCUGGUCAUAUCCUCGGAAACGGUGGAGGUGGUCUUGGCUGGUCUGGCGGCGCCAGCUUAGGCGUCAAACUGGCCUCUGACUAUCUAGCUGGUGGAGAGGGUAAAGGCAACUUUGUCACUCAGAUUGUGGGCGACGGCACGUAUUUGUUUGGAGUCCCAGGCACAGUAUACUGGGUCGCCAGUAGAUAUAGGAUUGCCACUCUCACAAUAGUGUUGAGCAAUAAAGGUAAGCACAUGAUUAAGGAGUAUAAUAUGACUAGAACAUUUUCUGACAAUGAGGUCAUUAUAGGAUGGAACGCUCCUCGCGUCUCGAUGGAGCUUGUCCACCCGACGGGCUACGGAUCCAGGAUUAACAACAAGGACCUCAACAUCUCAUUCGACCCAACGCCUGACUUUUCGGGCAUUGCGAAAGCGGCGUCCGGCAACAAGGCAUGGGCUGCCGUCAUUGACUCCGUCGAUGAUCUAGAUAGACUAUUGCCUGAGGCUGUGCAGCAGGUCAAGAGUGGUGUUUCUGCUAUUUUAGAGGUUCGCCUCAAGGGAUCGUGGGAUAAGCCAUAG